CAUCAUCCUGAUCACCACCAUACCCCAUACCACUUCCUGAUCACCUCCAUACCCCAUACCAGCAUCCUGAUCACCGCCAUACCCCAUACCAGCAUCCUGAUCACCGCCAUACCCCAUACCAGCAUCCUGAUCACCGCCAUACCCCACACCAGCAUCCUGAUCACCGCCAUACCCCACACCAGCAUCCUGAUCACCGCCAUACCCCACACCAGCAUCCUGAUCACCGCCAUACCCCACACCAGCAUCCUGAUCACCGCCAUACCCCACACCAGCAUCCUGAUCACCGCCAUACCC